GGGCGCUGGCACGCAGAAACCCCGCAAGAAGUAGCCAUUUCCGCCCCCGAAUGGCACCCGCUGCUGCGCACGCGAGAUCCAAACAAACCCCCGCACCCCUCCCAAGGCGCUUCACUUAUUAACCGAAGCGUGCCGCGCAGCCUAGGAUUGGCGCUUCCCUUGUCAGGUGAGUGGGCGGCGACGCAGGCAGGCUUGGCCGAGUCGGUUGAAGAGGAGGAGGUGGUGGGAUGGAGGGGAGGGUGCUGCGGCGCAGCGUCACGCUGGCGGACCAGCUCGCCGCGGUGGGGCCGGCACCGGUUGGGCCUGAGACAGCAGGGUCGUGCAACCUCCGCGACCUGCUCAAGCUCCGCGACGAGGACGACCACGCGGCGGGGCUCCAAGCGGCGGCGGCGGUCACGCUGGCCUCCGCCAUGGCCGCCGAGAGGCAGACCUCGUUGCCAGCGUCUUCGUCGUCCUCCGCUGCCGCCGCCGCGGCGCGCACCCUCCUCGAUAUUAUCCGCGACGACCAGCCAACCGCCGCGGGCGUUGGAGCCGGUGACGCCCUCGUCCGCCGCGCGGUGUCGCUGCCGGCCCCGAGCACGACCUCCUCGCCGGCGUCGACACCGGCCGCGCCUGCUGCUCCGCCUCCGCAGCCGCCGAGCAACCUCCCCGCGGCGGCGGAGGAGGAGGAGCAAGGGGAGAGGGUUUCCCUGAUGGCGCUGCUGGAGCAGACGGACAGGCAGUGGAGCGCCGGCGCCGGCGCCGGCACCGUGACGGCGCGCGAAGACGAUUUCCCGGCGGCGGAGGCGGAGGCGCUGCUGGGGGUUGAGGACGACGCGGAGCCGGAGGCGGUGGGCAAAGGGGUGGUCGCCGGGUUCUGCUGCGUGUGCAUGGCGCGGGCCAAGGGCGCGGCCUUCAUCCCGUGCGGCCAUACCUUCUGCCGCGCCUGCGCCCGCGAGCUCCUCGCCGGCCGCGGCCGUUGCCCGCUCUGCAACGCCGCCAUCGUCGACGUCCUCGACAUCUUCUGACCGACACCUGCACUCCACACCCUCAGCUCGCCGCCGCCGGCGGUGCCGACACAUCGUCCGGCGAAAUGCGCGCAAGAACCGCCUCGGCUCGGAUCAGCCUAUCGGGUGCGCCCGCAACUGAAAUAGGAUCCAGAAAUAGAUAGAUCUCUCAUCUCUUCUCUGCCCUGUUCUUGUACUGCCAUUGUGAAAAAGAUUAGAACAUGCCCGACUUCAAUUGGAGUAUCAUCAUUUGUUGCAACCUGCCGCAAAGAGAUCAUCAUUUUCGUGCUGCGCUGCGCAUUUCUCUUCUCGUUUCAAUUCCCAAAUCCAGAACAAGAAACAAUACUGGAUCAAGCAAUUUAUUGGGUCUUGCAUGAACCAAUUAGCCAGAGCUAGUAUAGUCUGGUUGAAAUAAAACUGUGUUUGACCCGAGAUUAGUACUGCGACAGCAAUUAAUCUCGAUUAAUUACUCCUCUGCUGCUGCUAUUCCAGCAAGCAAGCACGCACUGUUUGAAGAUCUCAAGGAAUGAUUCAUCAUGAUACCCUGCGCGCGCGCUUUUAAUUUUGUUUACUGCUCCACUCCACUCCACUAUGCAUUUCCACGGCAUGAACUCAUUUACCACUUCCAGCUAAGAGCGUCUCUCGGAGUCUCACCGUAGCACCUUCCAUCCGAGCCAAUAGCCAAAACUAACAAAAAAAAAAAAACCCCUCUAGAAGAGCCUCUAUCACCCACGCCAUUUUGAUAGGCGUACUAUCCCGACCUCCUGUCUUCCCUCGCGCCAUGCUUCAACCGCCGCUCGCCCACGUGCACUCCCGCCACCAUAUGGCCUCCGGCUUCAAGAGGAUCUCCGCCAAGGCUUUCCCUUCCUCCGGACCCGCCCCGCUCUCUACCUCCUAGAAGUACUUCGUCGGCCUCCCCACCCUCGCCUACUGCAUCCUCAAGCACGCCAACAAUAUCGUCGACAAUCUCCUCGCCUAGAUCGACACCCCGACGGUGCUGGCCUCCAUGGCUCCGCCCCGGGCCCUCUAGUUGGUCACCCGCCCCUAUAGGCUGGAUGCUCCCCUUCGCCCUGGUACUACAGAGGAAAUCCCAUCCCGCUGUGGAUCCGUGAGGGAACCGUGUGGAUCUAGUGGUGGGCGUCCUCGUCAAGCUCCAGGUGCAUCUCCAUUGGUCGUUGUGUAGGUGCAGCGGAUGCCCGACGACAAUGCCGUGUGGUAGCGCAUUGAGGCCCACGAUUUGUGCAUCCUCACCGAGCUCCACGCGUGGAACUCGUGGGUGCAAUCAACUUGUGUGGCGCGGGGGGCUCGUAAUUCUUUCACUCUGUUCUUGC